UAUUCAAUAGUAGUGUGAGAACAAAAAAUCCUUACAGAUUGAUCAAGAAUAAACAAUGUUAAAAAUCAUUGCCGACUGAUCAAGACUAAACGAUGUAGUUGAGCCCAUAAAUUCGUGAGCAUGGUACAGAAUUCCGUGCAUGCGUCUUUCGCAUAUUUCUUGGUAAGACUUAGCUCUUCACGAAAGUGAACGACAGCUGUCAAGUACGGUCGCUGUUCCCUGGUUGAUAAUUAGGACAUCCAACGAUGCAACACGCCUGGUUCAAGCAGACCUUGGCCCAAUGGUGCCGCGAGGCAGAAUUGUUGAUAAACCACGCAUACGAGGCGUAGUGUGAUGUGAGGUGUUGAUUUUGCAGCGAUGACAACUCAAGGCAGCACGCGGCCUUCAAUAUCGCCUUCCGUGAUCAGCGCACAUUCGGCCCGUGAUCGUAACAACAGAGGCCAAUGGUGACUUCCUCGUCCAGCUAGUAUAAAAUAAGAACACAGCACACCAUCAGCACUCAGCAGUGUCUAGGUGCUCUACCAGUGCGCUACCCAGCCACCAGACCAAGUCAAACAGCCCCGACUGUGUGAUAAAUCAGCUCAGCUCAGCUCAGCUCAGCUCAGACCAUGCUGCGCUGGUGUCUGUUGCUGCUGCUCGCGGCUGUCGGCGUCUCCUGCUACCAGGAUAUCAGCCGGUGUACCUACUUCUGCCGCACCUCUGACGGCCGGUUCUUCUGCUGUCACAGCGGCGACCAGGGCGCCCACCGGCCGGUGGUGCACCCGGGACGGUGCCCCCCGGUGCGCCCCCAGUGCCCGCCCUCCCGGCAGCGCCCCCGCACCUGCGCACACGACGGCGACUGUCCCCGCAGCAACAAGUGCUGCUACGAUACCUGCCUCGAGUGGACCGUCUGCAAGCCGGCGCUCGGAUUCAGCGAGGGCAUCAUCGAAUUUGAAGAAUUUCAGUUUCCAUACCGGAAGCGCGGCUAGACCAACGGCUCCGGUGAGGCUACGAGCGGUGUCUCCAUCCACCCUGGCGCCGCGGCGUCACUCAGCUGACAUCCUCGUGUGUUGACUGUUUGUCAGUCUGCAGUCAGCGAGCGCAAGUAAUUACUCAGCAGAUCAAACAAAUUAUGCCGGCAUUAUCAAGCAAUUCUGGCAAGACCAAUGCACAAAAUUAGCAGCAAGAUGCUUGUUUGAUUAAAUACGUCGCAGCAUGCAAUUGUUAGCCAAAACUUACCUGAGCUGAAUAAUAAAAAGCACAUGAAGUUAAAAACUAUCAUAAAACAUAAAAAACGAGUAAGUGAUGGACAAAGUGCGUUUGGCGUGCCAGAUUGGCGUGAGGUCAAUGAGAGAGAAAAAAGCGCAGUAUAAGUGAAACGGCGUGAUAGCGGGAACAAAAUAAAUGGACAGAAUGGGUUAAAUGACUGAUAAGGCAGUGGGUAAAAUUGAAUAGAGAAAUGAGUGAAAGACGCAUGCAGUCCCACAAA